UGUAACUGAAGGGAAUCAGAAACCUGAGCUGCAUUUCUUUCUGCUCUGCCUGUAAGAAGGAUCGGCUCUACUGGGAGUUUAUCCUCGUUCAGUGAAAUCAUCACAACAACAGAGGUAAGUCAACAUUUUUGACACUUUUAUGAACUUUUCCUGUUUUAUAAAUUUAACAAAACUACAUCAAGUUAAAGCCCAGAGCAGGUUAAAUCAGACCUCUGUCUUCACUGCAGGUGGAUUUAGACUUUCAAUAGUUCCAGUUCUUUUCACUUUUUACAGCAUGAGUGUUUGUCAAACAUUAAAGAGUCCUUCAGUGGAAAACUAAUAAAUGUGCAACCAGUCAGGCGACACAACUCAUGGUGUGUGUUUAAAUAAUCUUUGGGAUUAGAGGUGAAUCUGAAUGAAUUAAAAUGUAAAUGUUCGAUACCCUCCUCCUGUGGCAAAGGAGCCCAAACCAAGAACUGCGUAUCAAUGAACAUAUUGAUCAGGAGUUUCUGUGUCUUUAAUCCUUUUUUAUUGAUAUGAUAACAAUGUGUUAGCUGAUCUCAUUACGUUUGUAGAAAGCACAUUUUUUGUACUUUAUUUCGACUUAGAAAUCUCUUUAAAAUCCUGGAAAGUGUUUUUUUUAAUGUUUCUCUUAUGUUGUCUCCUUUUAGGGAGGAAUGAGUCCGACUGAGACUUGAGUAGUUUAACAAGUAUAAUCUAUUACUGUGUGAACACCUUAAUUUAAAGUCAGUAUCAGGGUUAGACCACCCCAGUCUCAAAGGUCUGACUCCGUCCCUGCGAAUUAGGAGCAUUUUGGGGAACUAUUAAAGCUCUCCAGACCCUACUGGACCCCACUUCUCUGAUAUUUGGAUUAAGUAAUUAAAAGGUUCGUCCUGGCUUUGGUUGUGUCACUAUUUGCUGUAUAAACUCGAACUUCCCCUGACUCUCACAGGUCUGAUUGUUUGUCAUGGAGUGUCUCAAAGACUGCUGCAAAAACUUCAUGAAGCAGAAGGAGCAGGAGACCCAAGGUAAUCCCAGAUCCUGCACAGCUGUCUCGUGGACAUAUGUGAUCAGAUGUUUUGAUUCUGAUGGUGUGGGUUUUGUUCUGCUCUCUAGUGAUCACACUGAGGAUGCCUCCAAACAAAGACUCUGCAGCAGGGUGGGAGGCAGAGGAAGGGAAGGCGGGGGUCUCUGAGGAUUACCUCCUGUCCAAGCUGCCCCCCGAUGGUCGAGAGGUCCCGUUUGUCUUACCCACCUUCAAAGCCUCCUACGUCCAACCUCGAGGUUCCCGCUACCCAAACCUGCAGUCCGGACCUCAGAGUACGUACCUGAAAUGAUACAUCAGCUGACUCUCUCUCCUGUGUGUCUUUAUAAUCUGCAGGGAUUAAAUUAAUGAUCUUAAUCUCACUGUCAGACUGCGGUGAGCAGCAGAGUAAAAACCUGUCCUGGAUGUCAGUGUUGAUUUAAAGGUUGGGUUAGUAAAUAAUUCUGCCUCUCUUCAUCACCUGAACACACAGCGUAUCAUUUUAUUUCCUCCAAUGAUGUUUGACUUCAGGAUUAGACCUAUUUGAGGCUUCAGUCUCGUCAUUGUGGCUUCAGGAGUGUUUGGGCUUUCAGGGUGUGAACUUCAGAGACUAACGUGAAGCUCUUUUGGUUUCAUGUUAGACACACUCUCAGAUCCUGAAAGUUGCUGCCGAAUGCCGAACUUUACCCCGACGUUUUGAGCUGAUGUCUGAAAUCUGCAGAUUAAACUCUGGAGCGUUUUGCUUCAGUGCAUGGCAGGGAUGUUGACGGUUACAUGACGCAACCGCUGCAUAUCCAAACACACGUCACAUCAGGACAAAGGGAGAAAAAAAAACAGUCAACAAAGUGUCAGACUCUCCUUCGUCAGCUGUACUGGAUAUGCUGCAAUCAUCACAGUGAGAAUCCUUUUGGUGUUUUAUCUCACGGGAUUAAUUUGACCAAAUACUCCGAAUGAACAGUGUUCAUGGUUAAAUACGUUAAAUACGUACAUGAAGGGCAGAAAUUAUUUUUCUGUGCUAGGUUGAAAAGCUGGACUUUUUUUUUUUUGUGCCUUAAUUUGCCUUUUUUGAUUUUUGCAAUAAGCCCCAAGUGGACACUCAAGGAACUGCAUUUUUUCUGCACUUAUUAUUAAACAGCUAAGAUUGCCUCUUUGUUUUGAAGCCUAAAGUUUGGCUCUUAACGCCUAAAUUAUGCUUCUGCAUCGAACCUAUGCCUUAUGGUCCCUACACCUGCUAGAUAUGAUACUUCUGCACCAGAGUGUGUGCGAUGCUCUGCAAUAAUCCACCAAAACACUAGUUGGCAGUGUGACGUCUGUGUCAGCAUCUGAUUCGUCUUUCUGAGCAUCAGUUUAAACCAUAAACCUAAUUUUACCAGCCUUUUAAGAUGUUCAUGUCUACUUUAAAUCUGAGCAUUUUAACAUGAGUGUCUAUGGGGAUCGACUUGCUUUUGGAGCCAGCCUCUAGUGGCCGUUAAAGGAAUUGUAUUUUAUGUUUGUACCAAGUAUUACUGUCUCCACACACAAAGCGCGAGUAAAAUCAUUUGCGCGAAUCAUUUACAUGUUAAGUCCAUGGAAAGACGAUUAGACGCUCCUACUCCUCUGGUGGCACAGAUGAUGUGAAUUGGGCGGGAGCUAAAAAUGUCUCAAUUUAAGCAGAUUUUUGCGUCGCAAUAACCAAUCAGCACGAAGGUGGACGGGUGACGUAUGAAAACGGAUGGUUGACAGACAAAUAAAAAGGUUCUCGUCUGGAGGAAAGUGAGUGAGGAGGUCGGAUUACCUGGUAAAUUGUGAAAAUCCUUUGUUGUCACUUAUUCGCCUCAUUAGUCCUGAAGGUCCGAUAAAAGUCCGUUCAGUUUUUUAAGUCGUUACAGAAGUUUCAAAAAGUGACAUUUUCUGAUUGUACGUUAUUCCUGUGACACAGUAUAACAGGGUUGAUCAAACACAAUAUUCACCAGCCUCCACACACAGACUGGUGAGGUAAGGUGAAGGUGGAGCUGACAGAUUUCACUCCACCCAAACAACCGAAGCCCACAGUGAAGAUUCCCAAAACCACUGACUCAGGUUUAAUUAAAAUCAGCUCAGGAGUUUCUGAAGUGUGAACCGACCUCUGAUCACACAAGAGAAAAGAAACAGGAUAUCCUGUUUCUGAACCAACCGCUUAUCUUCUUGUUACUAAGAGGAAAAAAUGUGGAUGAAUGACCUCUGACCUCUGGCCUGAUCCCUGUUUUGAAGGUUCAGCCCGCUGUACGUACGCAGAGAGGAAGGCCGAGCUGGUGGGCUCCACUUUCUCCAACUACAGCCCCGAGUCCAGCUUCCACCGGGGGCAGAUGGUGGAGUUUAUGUCCCCCGGCUCCACCCGCAGAGACACACUGAAGAACAGGAUCUCCAGUCCGCUGAGUCCAGGUAGAAAAACAAACGAUAAACUAUGCAACUCUGACUGUCUUAAACAAAACGUGUUAAAAAAUGAGCUAAAAUGCUGAAUUUGGGUUUUUUAAAAAGUAUGUUUUCUGUUUGGAUGAAGUUUUCAGCCAAUCACAGUCUGUAAUCCCAUCAUUAUUUAACAUGUUUCUCCAUUUUUAGAGCUGCAUGAAGAAAUGCAUCAUUAAUUUAUGGAUGAAAACUGGAAAUAAAUAAUAACAGACUCUGUAAAACUGCCUGAACACCAAACCCAUGAUCCUUAUAUCUGUUUUACUUCCAGGUUGGAAUCUGCGUCCAGGCGGUGACCAGCGUCUGAGCAGCUCCAUGUUGGAUCUCUCCAGCCCUCAGACUCACAUGCAGGUGAGUCUCUCCUCUAUCUUAUCUGAACUCAAACAGAACUGUUCUCACCGAGUGUCAGCUCCCACUAAAUAUAGAUUUAUAGUUUCCACCGUCCCCAACACCGCAAAGAGUCAAAGGUCGGUAAAGUGUUAGAGUUUGAGUAGAUUUACACUUUUAGAUGAACUCUUUUAAAUGACGGUUUUCCAUUUUCAGAAAAUACGACCAUGACUAAAAAAGUUUAAAAAUGGAGCAAAGUGUAAAGUCUAUAGUGCUGCCAUAGUGACAGUCGGACAGCGGUCCUGUACGCUGGUUACCACACGUUUAGGCUAGCUGUAGCGUAGCAGCUUUCGGAAAGACAGUCAGACACUUUUAAAAGGUAACAAUCUCAGAUUUAUUGUGAAUUUAAAAACAUCGUAAGAACUUGUUCCUCUUUCUGUUUUCAUUAAAUUUAAUAUUUUUACCUUCUAACUGUUUUCAUCAGAUUCCCUCACAUCGUACGAUCUACUCUAGGUGGUUAACUUCAAAAUAAAAGCAUAAAAUCAUCGCAAACAAUCAUUUCGGUGUUUAAUUAACAAUGGCGCAAUAGUUUCCAAUCCUCUCUGCAAAUAUCCUCGAUAUAACACCACCUGAACCCACACACACACAUAUGUAUAUUUGUCAUACAUUAUUUCUGUAUGCAUCAAACGCACAAACUGUGACGUGUUGGGUUGAUCCAGCUGGCUGCUGGCGUCACUUCAAUCCUCAACAAACAGACGUGGCGGCGGUUUGAUCUUCUCCUGUAACGCUUGGCUGGAAAGUAAAGCAGGUGAUUUUCUGAAGUCCUUCCUGUUCCUCUGAACUGAAGUUACAAACCUCAUCAUAUAACAAGCCAUGACUUAUUUUUGACCCAUUUGGGACUCCGUACAUUUUUAAUGUGGUCCCCAAAAUGAUGAAAAUAUCCCAGCUUCAGUUUGUCGUAUUAUAAAAGUCUCGCUCUGUUAUCGUCCCUGAAUGUCUCUGUUUGUGGGAGGAGUUCAGCUGCAGUUUACUCCAGACUUAACAAUAUUUAGGCAGCGAUACAAUCGAGGAGACGAUGGGAGAGAUGGGCGUGUUUCUUUGUUUUAGAGGAUGUGGCGACAAAGAGAUCCUUAUGAUGUAACAUGGAGACAGUUACUGUAACGUCUCAACUAAAACUGUGAAACAUCAGAGAUCAACUCUGAGGUCAAAGUUUCUGUUUUAGCCCGACGCAGAUGGAUUUAUGUUUUCACCGCAGCGUUGUUUUCGUGUCUCCACGCAGUCGGAAUCAAACUGAAGCUCAAAUGUUGAUCUUGUCAACAUUAGGAGGAGCAAACAGCUGUAGGUCGUCUUUGCAUGAAAGGCACAGCGCCUUGGCAUUAGAUCUGACGGUAAACAGAGUCAUAGGAGUUUCUGAGAAAGUGGCGUGCAGCUUGGCGUGUGUUUGAAGAUUAAAGGAGGACACGACCUGUAUCUUACAUAUCCAACGCUAGAGAUGGGUUUUAUUAUCCAAUCAGAGUCAAGUGUUCAACAAAGCCAGGUCACAGAGAUGGGAUCUAAAAAGAGGUUUAAAGUUCUGAGUUUUGUGAAAUUCUGGGUGUCCUUAUCAAGACGCCAACGUAAAAUGCAGUUCCUUUAACGGCCACUAGGGGCUAGCUCUGGAAGCUUAAAGAUAGCGUGUUUUUUUACGCGUGUUUAACUCAGUUAAAUGCAAAUUCUGAAUUCUCAAAAAAGACACUUAAUUUUGAUCUUUAAAAAAAAGCAUUUUAUCUCACCUUUUUUAUUUUUUACUGGCAGAAAUGAACUUCCAUACAAAACUGAACAUUUGAACAUUGGAUUUUACAACCUCCCCUCGAACAGGCUAAACAGAUCCCCAAAAAAGAGGACAUGUCCGGGUAAAAGAGGACGUAUCGUCACCUUAACUGAAUAUUUUAUGCUUUUCUGACCAUCACCUUCCUGUGUUUGUCUGUCUCCACCUGCAGCACUUCGACUCUCUCACCAGCGUCCACAGCAGCACGUCCUCCACCAGGUUUGGCUCCAUCGAGAGCAGCUUAGGUAAACUGAGAUUCAAUGUUUCCUUUCACGUUUCAAUUCUGUUUUCAUGGAUUAAAUAAAUAAGAUCUAAGUUUGCUCUGAUUCGUUUCUGUUCUCUCCCUCAAAUGUCACAGACUCCAUCACUCUGUCCGGGGACGAGCGAGAGCUGGGGAAGGUGUGCGUCCAGCUGAGCUACCAGGAGACUCUGGAGCAGGUGUGGAUCACUCUGGUCCAGGUAAGGUUACAAACACAGAAAGAGCUCAUUGUGCUCCUCAGCUGCACUUCUCAAUGGUCCGUCUGUGUCUGAAGAACACAGGGCUCUGUCAGAGACCCUCAGGGGGGCUCUGUGCUCUUUGGCAGGUAAAGGUUGAUCACUGAGACGCAGAACUGUCCGUGUUGGUGCAGAAGAAAGAGCUACAAAGCUUUUACUGUGUUUUUGGUUUGACUUUAAGAUACCCCAGAUUUGUCGAGAUGUUUCCCUGUCAUGUUCUUGGUGAAAUUAAGUGUUUCAUACCUCAACUUACAUUUUGUUUCCAGUGUUCAGAGCUGAACCUUCCUCCUGAUGGAAGCGAACAACAGAAGAUCGGGUUUAAGGGGAUCAUCACCGUCCCCAAACCCAUCCAGUUCAAGAGCUCCAUCAAAGAGUUCUGCCAGGUGAUCACCGUGACUCCACCUCAUGGAUUUACUUCACCUUUAGUGAGCGCUGAUAUAAACUUCCUGCUUCCUCUUCCCUCCCUCUAGGACGUGUCCUUCAUGGAGACCUUCGUGUUUGCGCUGCGUCUCCAGCAGUUGCGUUGCAGCGCUCUGGUGCUGAGGUUGCAGACGCACACCAACAAGAAGCGAACGGUGGCGGAGUGCGUCCUCUCUCUACGACAGCUGGGCGCUCAGGAGACGGAGCACUGGCUCGACCUCAGCCCUCGAUCCAAGUCCUCUGUGAGUCCUCAACCCAUGUUAGAUACAGUUUGUAUCAACGUUGAAGUACAAUCGAAGCUAAACGCCAAAGUAACUGUGCUGACCUUUGACUUAAAGCUCCAGUGAGGAGUUUUUAGACACUCAUGAAACAGACUGGAAUUCAUAUUGAUGCUUUUUUAUGGUAAAUUAAAGCAAACAAGAUUAUAAAGGACAAGACUGAACAUAUUUAUACUUUAUAUAUUAUACUAAAAAUUAAACAAAAUGAAAAUUCCUGACAGGAGCUUUAAUAAAACAAGGAUGUUGUCUCUAUGCAAAGAUGUUGGGCUCCACAUUGGUGCUGCAGACUUAUCAAACAUCUGAUCAGCCUCUGUGAAGAGUUAAAAAUCUCUCCUGUUAGCAGCCGUUCAGCUGAUUACGGACAUUUCUGUGCAACGACUGAAUAACCGAGCUGCUAUAAAACAUUUGAAAAUCUGAAUCUAGGGCUGGCUGAUAUGUCCUCAAAUCAAAAUCACAAUAUAUUGAUCAGUUCACCUCGAUAACGAUAAAUGGACGAUAACUACUCCACCAGCUGCUCACCCCCUCCCACAUUAACUUCGUCUACUUCAGCCGCCGGAGUCACGUCUCUGUCGAAUCUCACGUCGAACUUUCGGUUUAUCGCCCGUCCCUAAUCUGACCGAUAUUUCAAGAUGUUUUAUUUUGCUGCAGGAAUAGAUAUUUUAACAUGGACUUGAAUAUUGAUUCAUUGACUUUUGAAGCAAGCCCCAAGUGGACACUUGAGGAACUGCAGCUAGGUUCCCUCUUGCUAUUAACUUCCAGUACAUGUAGAUCUUUAAACGUAAACUGAAUCUCACAUUGUUGGUUUGACCGCUCAGAAACGCUCAUAUUCUACAUAUUCAGUCAGACAGUCCCCCGGUGUCGUUUUAGCUGUUCUGUCUAAAAGUAAAAAACUCCCGUUGUGGGAAUAUGUUUUGACUUUUACCACUUUUCUUCAUGUUUCCUUCCUCUGUUUGCUGCCGCCUUUUAUCGCCUCUUGUAUGUGCUCAGUAAAUAAGAAGUCAGCGCUGUGUGCGCCUCAUAAAACCGUCUCCAUGAUGGAUUGUUGCACGCUGGCAGGAACAGUCCUCUUGGCCUCUGCUGGAUAAUAUUGACACUGAGUCAGGUUUAACAUUGUUGCAUAAUCACAGGGGAAAAAAAAGAGAAAGGGGGAUUCAUUAUCGAGGGAAAUCUGGAAACAAGCUCCUUACUGGAGAGAAGGAGCCGGAGCGCCAAUUCUGGGAAUGUAUGACGUGGAAAGUGGGUCAAACCUCAAACCAUUUCAGCCGCAGAGAGAGAGAGAGAGUUGUUUUGUCUAUAAAUGGAUGCUCGUCUAGCCGGUGAAAGUAAAACUGUUUUUGCACUUAGAGGAUCAGACAAUGAAUCAUCAUUAGUUUCUCUGAGUGACUUUACCCAUCUCGAGGUAAAAAAGGCGCAAAUUGUCCAAACCGCUGCCCUUAAGUGACGGCUCUUAGGAGGGGAGGCAGGAAGACAGACUGUAAAAGAAGCAGAGACGGCAGAGAACUUAAAGGUUCCCCCCCUAAACCUGGAGUAAAUAUUUCCCCUAACAUUAAAUCAAAUUCUUUACCGAUACUCCAAGAAACAGCUGCUGAGAAAAACACCAAAUUAAACGUCCUGCUGAGUCUAGAGGUCAAAACUUGAACAGUCGAUGCUCUUCUGUUUCCAUCAACAUGAUUUAUUUAUGAAAGGUCAGUGUGUUGAAGCUUUUAACACCACAAGAAAAAAGAAAAAAGCUUUUGCAGCGUAACUCAGACCAUCAGCAAACAGCUGCUCAACCGUUUAGACUGAUUGUUCAGAGAGAGCUGUGAUUAAAGGUCAAAAUGUCCGUUUAUGAAAGCCCGGAGUGUCGGCCCAGUUGUGAUGAAACUUGAUGAUACAUUUUUGAGCGCUGACGCAGCAAAGUAUCCACUUAAGAGUUUAUUCUAGGAAUCAAAUACCUGCUUUCAGAUGCUGCCCUGUUUCUUAUCCAUGCCGUUACGGCAGCUGCUGCAAUUUUCUCCAAAGGUUACAAAUAUGACAAAACCUAAAGGGAUAUUUCACUAUUUUAUUUGCAACUCAUUCAACCACAAUAGAUCAGUCAGCUCAGAUAAGAAACCGCAGUGGGAGCAAACAUGCUUCUUCUUCUUUCAUGAAACGUCAGAGGUCCAACUCGGUGUCGUGUAGCCAUGCCAACAUCUCUGGUCCUAGGUCAAAGAGGCUGGUUUCUGAAGGUGGUCUGUAUAAGGGGUAGGUGCUGAUUAAAUGGUCGACAGUCUGCUCAGGGUCACCGCACUCACAAGCUGCACUGUCCACCAGGCCCCACUUCCUCACUGUUGUUUUAAAGCGACCAACUCUAGUUCUUAGGCGGUUCAGUGUCGUCCAUUGCCGGUGUGGUAGGUCGUUUCCACCUAUGGCGCCACCUCCUGGGUCCCAAAUGCAACGAUGGAUAUGAGAGGGCCCAGCUGACUUCCACUCCUGCUUCCAAGCUGCUGCCAGCCAAACAUCUCUGGCGAUGUCCUCAGAGGUGGAAUUGAGCAUCUCUUGCGCUGCCUUGUUGUAGGGGUAGCGGGAUGUGCCAAUCAGGCCUUUGCACCCUCCUGGCCAAGGCAAGGGUGGCAGCCUCCCUUUGGCGGCCAGCUGGGGCUAUUCCCAUGAGGACUGGCAAGAAAGACACUGGUGUAGACUUCAGGCAUCCAGUUAUAAUUCAGAGGGCGCUGUUGAUAUCCACGUCAACCUUGCUUGCAUGCAGACUUCUACACCAGACAGGGGCGCAGUAUUCCGCUGCAGAGAAAACCAGGGCUUGGGUUGAUAUUCGCAGAGUCUUAGCGGACGCUCCCCAGGUUGUUCCAGCAAGGUGGUGAAUCAGAGCAACCCUAGAUGUCACCUUGGCCUUGGCUUCCUCUAGAUGUUGUCUGAAGGUCAGUGUCUGAUCCUGACGCACACCGAGGUACUUCGGAGCUUGCUGGACCUCCAGGCGUUUGUUGUCAACACGCACAUCAAGUUCCCUCCUUGCUUCUCUGGUGUGGUAUGCUGCUGUGACUGUCUUUCUGUUGCUGAGCUGUAGACGCCACCUUCGAAGGUAUGCUAGCAGCGUGCCCAUAUCUUCAUUAAGGCCAUCUUCCAUCGCCUUCCACACUGAUCAUCUGCAUAGCCAUACCUUCUAGAUGUUGUCUCAGGAAGGUCAUAUAUGUAGAUGUUGAACAGCAUUGGUGAGAGAACUGACCCCUGCGGAACCCCAUUAGCUAACAUGCUAACAGAUUUCUGCAGAUGGGGUUGAGUCUGGCAUGAACAAGCUCCAAGUGCUCAUGUCAGGUCAAGUGUUUGCUCCUGGCAAAUUAUUAAAGGGGAAGAGCUGUGACACAUGCAACCUCAUUUCAAAAAUAGUGGAAUAUCCCUUUAAUAAAGGUCCCUAAAGUGGUCAGAGGAAGCUAAAAUACAUGAAUUUGCUCUUCCAGGUGUGCCACGCUGAGCUCAAUCUCACCACCUGCUUCCAGCCCGUCAACGGACGCAUCCAACUCCAAGUCCUCGCUGCACAAAAUCUCCCAGCAUCCUCCACUCCACUCACGCAGGGUAAGUAUCGACACAAACAGACUGAAGGUGUCUCCAUUACUGUGUGGCUCAUGUGUGUUUCUCCCCCUCGUCUCUGAAGCCUUUUUUGUCAAAGUCGAGAUGCACCAGUUGGGGCGGGUGGUGAUGAAGAAGAAAACCCGCGUGAUGAAGGCCUCAAAGGGUCAGUGUCGAUGGGCGGAAACUUUCCACUUCCUCUUGGCGGCGUUGGAGCACGACUGCUCGCUGUCCGUCAAACUCUACAGCCGCAGCUCGGUCAGGAGGAAACAGUGUCUCGGACAGGUGAGUUUUUACUGAGCUGAGUUUUGUUCUUCAGCUGUUCCUGUGCCUCAAACCGAGGAGUCACCUCCGUGUAAAUGUUUCUGUCAGAUUCUGCUGGGGUUCGACAGCCCGGUGCCGGAGGCGGGGGAGCAGUGGAAGGACAUGAUGGCCCAUCCGGAGAAGGUGGUGUCUGUGUGGCACGGACUGAGUCCACUCUGAAGCUCUGCUCUUCGCUCUUCGCUGUUGUACUCCAGGUGUAGCUGAGCUCACUGUCUUUUCAAGUCGGUCCUCUACCCUCCUUUAUCGUGGACUCUGAUGGACCGGGACUGUAGACAUCAGAGUGUGAGAGUUCAGGUUUUUGAAAAGGAGUUCGAACAAAGUGUAGAAGCUGGAGAGUUUUUUUUUGGUGGUUCUGUAUCGAGGUUGACUGAUGUUGGUUUUUGAGCGCUGAUAGUGAUACCGAUUUAAGACCGAUAACUAAUAUUUGGACUGAUAUACAUCGGAAUCUUUCAGCCAAAAACAAGAAUUUUACAAUGUCAAUAGAUUUGAUAGGUAACAGGUCAACCGGGGAACCAUGCGCUGGAAGGGGUCAUGUCGCCACCUACUGUAGCAGAGGUGGAAAAGCAUCCGUCAACAAUUUGAUUCUUGCCUGUAAACUGUAAUGAGGACAGAAGUCGAACUUUGUUCGUAGUUUAACUCAACUGUGCAUGUAAACGUACUGAGUGGUAUGUUGUGCGUUUAAUGAACUAAUCUGUAAAGUAAAAACGCAGCUACAGAUAAUCAGCUGAACGCCAAAUAUCUGCAUCGAUCGUCAAUUUACUGAACUUUAAUUCUAGAUACAAAGGAGCGUUUGUUUAAAGUCCCACUCCGAUCGAUUUUUACUACUUAGAGUGUCCUCAGUGGUCUUUAAAUUGUGAUUAUGAAGUUUUUAGCUAAAAUCACGUUACCUGUAUAAUUUUUAAGGGCUUUUCUUCUGCAGAGCUCCAGCAGCUCAUUAGCACUUCACCUCUGAGUUGUGGGUGGAGACAGUGCCGCUCUUCACACUCCUCUUCACGUUGGCUUGUAGCCUAACAUUGCGAGUGUAGAAGGAGCUCUUCAGCUCUCGAGCACUAAUGUCUUGAGGGAUAUGAUGAAAGUUAAUAUUAUAAUUAGUUUUCUUACGAGCAUUGCAGUCCGCUAAUGCACACACUUGUUCUGAGAUCAUCCUCUGUAUUUUAACGAGUCUGGCCUGCAUAGCGGGGCUCCGGGGGCGGAGCUUGGAUUUGCUACGUAGAAAAUCUCACUGUUUCUGAACCUCCUGUCUGGGUCUGCCAGAGAUUCACAGCGAUUUAAAUGCAGAAAUACUCAGAAGUGCAAUUUCGCAUUUACUUUUCUCGUGAUAUGUCCUGUAGCAUCAGAAAAAAUGCCAUACGAACAUGUAAAAAACAAGAAAAGCACGAUUUUCAUCGGAGUGGGUCUUUACCUGACAGCCACUCAGCUGUGGACCAUGUAGAUGUACGUAAUUCUUUUUUAAUUAGUCACUUUAUUUGUAUUUACAGUGUAUCGCCGCUUUCUAGAGCAACAACACUGAACUGUACGAUGGAAAUAGGUGCUGCCAGCAGAAAAAAACGCAGUCAGUGGAAACAGGCCCUAAAAAUCCUGCAGAGAAACUUUCACUUAGUGUUUCUUUCGUAGCGCCUCAUGGGGAAAUGUGGUCUGUUGUGGAGUGUCUGUGGUCUCAAAGAAAUGUGUGCAAGCGAAAACUAUCCUCAGUGUUUUCCACGACAAUGCGGCGUGUCGGUGUUUUAAGCUGAUGGAGGUGCAGGCCUGCAGAUACAUUUAGGGUACGUUCACACUGCAGUCUGAACAUAGCCUUAGUGAUGGUUUUAUCUUUUCAUUACCUUUAAAAGUUACCCUGAUAUCACUUCAUAGGACAUCAUGUUACUGUAACACGCAGCAGAAAACUUUAGCUGUACUUUUUCAUAGUGAAGCACUUUAGUUUUUUAUGUAUUUAAUGUUUCGAUGUUGAAAGUUUUGUGAAUAAAAGUCGGUGUGUUGUCUGGAAA